GUUCUCAACAAUAAGAACAGGAGCGACGACACUCAGAUCAAGGAGCUGCUGGAGAAGAUUGAGGAGACAGUGGCACUAAACAACGGCUGCCAUUUUGAAAUAGACAGAAAGAUUUUACAGAAGAUGAAAGAAAGAAGAAGAGAAGCAGAAGAGAGAGCAAAAGAACGAAUGAAGAGGAUGAAAAAACAGAGAGAUGACAUCAGAUCACAGAUGAGUGAUGCUCAACAUCUCUCAGAGCUGAGGAUUGUGUUAAUGGGGUCUAGAAGAGCUGGUAAGAGUUCAGCAGGAAACAGCAUCCUGAGCAGAGAGGAGUUUGACUUGAAGAGAUCUGCUCAGUGUGUGAGGAGACAUGGAGAAGUAGCAGACAGACACAUCACUGUCAUUGAAGCUCCAGGAUGGUGGAGGAAUUACACUGUAGAGGACAGUCCUGAGUUACUGAAACAGGAGAUUGUGUUCAGUGUGUCUCUGUGUCCUCCAGGACCACACGCUGUACUACUGAUCAUACGUGUGGACUACAUGUUUAAAGAGACUGAGAGAGAAGUACUGCAGGGGCAUCUGGAUCUUCUCGGUGAGAGAGUCUGGAGUCACACUAUAGUGUUGUUCACUCAUGGAGACUCUCUGUCAGACACAUCUAUAGAGCAGUACAUUGAGAGUGAAGGACAGGAUCUCCAGCGGCUGCUGGACAAAUGUGGGAACAGAUAUCAUGUUCUCAACAAUCAGAACAGGAGCGACGACACUCAGAUCAAGGAGCUGCUGGAGAAGAUUGAGGAGACAGUGGCACAAAACAACGGCUGCCAUUUUGAAAUAGACAGAAAGAUUUUACAGAAGAUGAAAGAAAGAAGAAGAGCAGAGGAAGAGAGAGCAAAAGAACGAAUGAAGAGGAUGAAAAAACAGAGAGAUGUCAUCAGAUCACAGAUGAGUGAUGCUCAACAUCUCUCAGAGCUGAGGAUUGUGUUAAUGGGGUAUAGAGAUGCUGGUAAGAGUUCAGCAGGAAACAGCAUCCUGGGCAGAGAGGAUUUUGACUUGAAGACAUCUGGUCAGUGUGUGAGGAGACAUGGAGAAGUAGCAGACAGACACAUCACUGUCAUUGAAUCUCCAGGAUGGUGGAGGAAUUACACUGUAGAAGAGAGUCCUGAGUUACUGAAACAGGAGAUUGUGUUCAGUGUGUCUCUGUGUCCUCCAGGACCACACGCUGUACUACUGAUCAUACGUGUGGACACUAGAUUUAAAGAGACUGAGAGAAAAGCAGUGCAGGGGCAUCUGGAUCUUCUCGGUGAGAGAGUCUGGAGUCACACUAUAGUGCUGUUCACUCGUGGAGACUCUCUGUCAGACACAUCUAUAGAGCAGUACAUUGAGAGUGAAGGGCAGGAUCUCCAGCGGCUGCUGGACAAAUGUGGAAACAGAUAUCAUGUUCUCAACAAUCAGAACAGGAGCGACGACACUCAGAUCAAGGAGCUGCUGGAGAAGAUUGAGGAGACAGUGGCACAAAACAAUUGCUGCCAUUUUGAAAUAGAUAGAAAGAUUUUACAGGAGAUGAAAGAAAGAAGAAGAGCAGCAGAAGAGAGAGCAAAAGAACGAAUGAAGAGGAUGAAAAAACAGAUAGAUGUCAUCAGAUCACAGAUGAGUGAUGCUCAACAUCUCUCAGAGCUGAGGAUUGUGUUAAUGGGGUAUAGAGCUGCUGGUAAGAGUUCAGCAGGAAACAGCAUCCUGAGCAGAGAGGAGUUUGACUUGAAGACAUCUGCUCAGUGUGUGAGGAGACAUGGAGAAGUAGCAGACAGACACAUCACUGUCAUUGAAGCUCCAGGAUGGUGGAGGAAUAACACUGUAGAGAAGAGUCCUGAGUUACUGAAACAGGAGAUUGUGUUCAGUGUGUCUCUGUGUCCUCCAGGACCACACGCUGUGCUACUGAUCAUACGUGUGGACAAUAGAUUUAAAGAGACUGAGAGAAAAGCAGUGCAGGGGCAUCUGGAUCUUCUCGGUGAGAGAGUCUGGAGUCACACUAUAGUGCUGUUCACUCAUGGAGACUCUCUGUCAGACACAUCUAUAGAGCAGUACAUUGAGAGUGAAGGACAUGAUCUCCAGCUGCUGCUGGACAAAUGUGGAAACAGAUAUCAUGUUCUCAACAAUCAGAACAGGAGCGAUGACACUCAGAUCAAGGAGCUCCUGCAGAAGAUUGAGGAGACAGUGGCACUAAACAACGGCUGCCAUUUUGAAAUAGACAGAAAGAUUUUACAGGAGAUGAAAGACAGAAAAAUAGCAGAGGAAGAGAGAGCAAAAGAACGAAUGAAGAGGAUGAAAAAACAGAGAGAUGACAUCAGAUCACAGAUGAGUGAUGCUCAACAUCUCUCAGAGCUGAGGAUUGUGUUAAUUGGGUAUAGAGCUGCUGGUAAGAGUUCAGCAGGAAACAGCAUCCUGGGCAGAGACGAGUUUGACUUGAAGAGAUCUGCUCAGUGUGUGAGGAGACAUGGAGAAGUAGCAGACAGACACAUCACUGUCAUUGAAGCUCCAGGAUGGUGGAGGAAUUACACUGUAGAGGAGAGCUCUGAGUUACUGAAACAGGAGAUUGUGUUCAGUGUGUCUCUGUGUCCUCCAGGACCACACGCUGUACUACUGAUCAUACCUGUGGACACUAGAUUUAAAGAGACUGAGAGAAAAGAAGUGCAGGGGCAUCUGGAUCUUCUCGGUGAGAGAGUCUGGAGUCACACUAUAGUGCUGUUCACUUGUGUAGACUCUCUGUUAGACACAUCUAUAGAGCAGUACAUUGAGAGUGAAGGACAGGAUCUCCAGCGGCUGCUGGACAAAUGUGGGAACAGAUAUCAUGUUCUCAACAAUCAGAACAGGAGCGAAGACACUCAGAUCAAGGAGCUCCUGCAGAAGAUUGAGGAGACAGUGGCACAAAACAACGGCUGCCAUUUUGAAAUAGACAGAAAGAUUUUACAGAAGAUGAGAGAAAGAAGAAGAGCAGCAGAAGAGAGAGCAAAAGAACGAAUGAAGAGGUUGAAAAAACAGAGAGAUGACAUCAGACCACAGAUGAGUGAUGCUCAACAUCUCUCAGAGCUGAGGAUUGUGUUAAUGGGGUCUAGAGCUGCUGGUAAGAGUUCAGCAGGAAACAGCAUCCUGGGCAGAGAGGAGUUUGACUUGAAGAGAUCUGCUCAGUGUGUGAGGAGACAUGGAGAAGUAGCAGACAGACACAUCACUGUCAUUGAAGCUCCAGGAUGGUGGUGGAAUUACACUGUAGAGGAGAGUCCUGAGUUACUGAAACAGGAGAUUGUGUUCAGUGUGUCUCUGUGUCCUCCAGGACCACACGCUGUACUACUGAUCAUACCUGUGGACACUAGAUUUAAAGAGACUGAUAGAAAAGCAUUGCAGGGGCAUCUGGAUCUUCUCAGUGAGAGAGUCUGGAGUCACACUAUAGUCCUGUUCACUCAUGGAGACUCUCUGUCAGACACAUCUAUAGAGCAGCACAUUGAGAGUGAAGGACAGGAUCUCCAGCGGCUGCUGGACAAAUGUGGGAACAGAUAUCAUGUUCUCAACAAUCAGAACAGGAGCGACGACACUCAGAUCAAGGAGCUCCUGCAGAAGAUUGAGGAGACAGUGGCACAAAACAACGCAUGUCAUUUUGAAAUAGACAGAAAGAUUUUACAGAAGAUGAGAGAAAGAAGAAGAGCAGCAGAAGAGAGAGCAAAAGAACGAAUGAAGAGGAUGAAAAAACAGAGAGAUGACAUCAGACCACAGAUGAGUGAUGCUCAACAUCUCUCAGAUCUGAGGAUUGUGUUAAUGGGGUAUAAAGGAGCUGGUAAGAGUUCAGCAGGAAACAGCAUCCUGGGCAGAGAGGAGUUUGACUUGAAGACAUCUGCUCAGUGUGUGAGGAGACAUGGAGAAGUAGCAGACAGACACAUCACUGUCAUUGAAGCUCCAGGAUGGUGGAUGGAUUACACUGUAGAGAAGAGUCCUGAGUUACUGAAACAGGAGAUUGUGUUCAGUGUGUCUCUGUGUCCUCCAGGACCACACGCUGUACUACUGAUCAUACCUGUGGACACUGGAUUUAAAGAGACUGAUAGAAAAGCAGUGCAGGAGCAUCUGGAUCUUCUCGGUGAGAGAGUCUGGAGUCACACUAUAGUGCUGUUCACUUGUGUAGACUCUCUGUUAGACACAUCUAUAGAGCAGUACAUUGAGAGUGAAGGACAGGAUCUCCAGCAGCUGCUGGACAAAUGUGGGAACAGAUAUCAUGUUCUCAACAAUAAGAACAGGAGCGACGACACUCAGAUCAAGGAGCUCCUGCAGAAGAUUGAGGAGACAGUGGCACAAAACAACGCAUGUCAUUUUGAAAUAGACAGAAAGAUUUUACAGAAGAUGAAAGAAAGAAGAAGAGAAGCAGAAGAGAGAGCAAAAGAACGAAUGAAGAGGAUGAAAAAACAGAGAGAUGACAUCAGACCACAGAUGAGUGAUGCUCAACAUCUCUCAGAGCUGAGGAUUGUGUUAAUGGGGUCUAGAGCUGCUGGUAAGAGUUCAGCAGGAAACAGCAUCCUGGGCAGAGAGGAGUUUGAUAUGGAGACAUCUGCUCAGUGUGUGAGGAGACAUGGAGAAGUAGCAGACAGACACAUCACUGUCAUUGAAGCUCCAGGAUGGUGGAUGGAUUACACUGUAGAGAAGAGUCCUGAGUUACUGAAACAGGAGAUUGUGUUCAGUGUGUCUCUGUGUCCUCCAGGACCACACGCUCUACUACUGAUCAUACCUGUGGACACUAGAUUUAAAGAGACUGAGAGAAAAGAAGUGCAGGGGCAUCUGGAUCUUCUCGGUGAGAGAGUCUGGAGUCACACUAUAGUGCUGUUCACUGGUGGAGACUCUCUGUCAGACACAUCUAUAGAGCAGCACAUUGAGAGUGAAGGACAGGAUCUCCAGCGGCUGCUGGACAAAUGUGGGAACAGAUAUCAUGUUCUCAACAAUCAGAACAGGAGCGACGACACUCAGAUCAAGGAGCUCCUGCAGAAGAUUGAGGAGACAGUGGCACAAAACAACGGCUGCCAUUUUGAAAUAGACAGAAAGAUUUUUCAGGACAUUGAUGGUAUAAAGAAAACAAAAGAGCGAAUAGACAAAUGGAGUGAGGACAUCAGAUCACAAACUAUGAGUGGAGAUGAUGGAUCUGAUUCAUGGUCUCUGGGAAGUUCUGCUUAUGGUUCAUUCAGAUCACGAUCAGGAGCAGACACAGUUUUUGGAUCAAUGCGUUCCAAAGAUUCAUCUCACACAAGUUAUGAGUCAGGGGCCAUAAAACGAUAUAACAGCAUCGAACUUCCUCCACCCGACAUGAGUGGAGACGAGCGGUCGGACAUUUGGUCUAGUGGAAGUUCUGCUUACAGUUCAUUCAGAUCACGAUCAGGAGCUGACAGCAAUUCAGUUUUUAGCUCAUUUCGCUCAAAAGUCUCAUCUCACAGCUCAGGAUUCGGGUCUUUGCGGUCCAUCCCUGAAUCAGUGGAACAUUCAGAAACCAAAAGAGCACCUGGAAAGCCCAAGAUCUCAAAGCUUUUCCCAAGAAUAUUACAGAAGCGUGAUAAGCAUGCAGAAGACACUAAGAAAACUUGAAUGAUAUCACUGAGAAAUAAUGAAUGAGAAAUUGUGCCUUUUAUAAUGUUGACAUCAUAAUAGUUAAUGGUAUCUAUUACUAAGAUAUAUGAAACAGUUUUAACCUUAAGUGAUGUCUAAGUUAAUUGUAGAUUUGUAGGUAGGUUUUUUUUUUAUUCAGAAAUGUGUUUAUUUUUUAACUUUAUAAAUGUUUUCAUUUUAAUCAUAGAUUUAUGUACAUAUACACAGAUGCAUAGAAUCACUGGCUCGCGCAGAGAAAGGCGUCUCAAAACACUAGAACAUCGAAUUUGCUUAUUUUUGCUCUUGUGCCGACAAAUACAUACAAAAUAUGUCAAAAUAUCCACCUUGAAAAUUAU